UUCCAGACCGCCGCUAGCUCAGCGCAGACCCCGGCCAGUGCGCGGCGGGUGAGGAACGGCUCCGCGUGGCUUCUCUGGGGCGCCACGCGGUACCGCACCCUCUUGCGCCUCCGGGCCAGACGCUCACUGCAGCGCUUUCUCUCAGAUACAGAGCAAAACAGUGGCACCCUUGCCUGCCACACACCAUCUUUCACGGUGGACGCCUGCAGAUCCAGGCUGGACCUAUGGGCUGCCCAGUGGAGCCACUGCCUGUUGCUUAGUAGCUGACUUGUCCCGGGCCCGCAGUGCGCUCGUGUGGAAUGUGCGCCACACUCUACGACUCCCCUCCGUCUCUCUGUCUCUCUACUCCUCCUCUCAGUCUCGGGUGUGAUCGGACGAGUCAGGAGCUUGCCUGCUGCUGCCCGAGGACCGAGAUUUUUUUAAAGCCUCAUGGGACAUAACCAUUGCUGGAUGCCUGGUAGAAUUAAGAAACCUGACUGCAUGAGAGGCACUCUACAUGUGCGAGAAUGUUACCUGACUCAAAGAACUAAAUGAGUCACACUUUCCUUAAUUAUAAAUGUUCUUGCUCUUUUCCACUUAAAGAUGCCUUCGCACUUCUGAUAAAUGGAAACCGAAAACUCACAAGGCCACGGCAGAGAUAAAAUCAUUACUGCUGGAAACCUGGAAGACUGCCCUUAGAAAAAGGAAAGUCCCCGAUUGUUGUUGGAAAUGCUAAGGAAGUUGCUGAGGAGGAGACUUUUUUCUUAUCCCACUAAAUACUACUUCUUGUUUCUAGUUUUUUCCCUCGUCGCCUUCUCUGUUUUAAGAAUUUAUCAAAAGCCCGAAUUUCUGAGCAUUGAACAUUUGGAUCUAGUUGGAGAGAAUCCUAAUAGUAAUAUCAACUGCACCAAAGUUUUACAGGGUGAUGUGGCCGAAAUUGAAAAGGUAAAGCUGGAGAUUCUGACAGUGCAAUUUGGAAGGCGCCCUCGAUGGACAACCCAUGACUAUAUAAACAUGACUAGUGAUUGCACUUCUUUCAUCAAGAGACGCAAAUACAUUGUAGAACCUCUUAGCAGAGAAGAGGCAGAGUUUCCAAUAGCAUACUCCAUAGUGGUUCAUCACAAAAUUGAAAUGUUUGACAGGCUCCUGAGGGCCAUCUACAUGCCUCAGAAUUUCUAUUGCAUUCAUGUGGACAAGAAAUCGGAGGAUUCCUUCCUGGCCGCGGUGACUGGCAUUGCAUCCUGUUUCAGUAACGUCUUUGUGGCCAGUCAGCUGGAGACUGUGGUGUACGCAUCGUGGAGUCGGGUCCAGGCCGACCUCAACUGUAUGCGGGACCUCCACAAAAGAAACGCAGGCUGGAAGUACCUGAUCAACCUUUGCGGCAUGGAUUUUCCUAUUAAGACCAAUCUGGAAAUUGUCAGGAAGCUCAAGUCACUAAUGGGAGAAAACAACCUAGAGACGGAGAGAAUGCCGUCCCAUAAAAAGGAAAGGUGGAAAAAGCACUAUGUAGUGGUGGACGGAAAGCUGACAAAUACGGGGACUGACAAAGUGCAGCCUCCUCUUGAAACGCCUCUGUUUUCGGGCAGUGCUUAUUUCGUGGUCAGCAGGAAGUACGUAGAGUAUGUGCUAGAGAAUGAAAAAAUCCAGAAGUUUAUGGAGUGGGCGAAAGACACCUACAGCCCGGACGAGUAUCUCUGGGCCACUAUUCAGAGGAUCCCUGAAGUCCCUGGCUCACUGUCCUUAAGUCAUAAGUACGACAUGUCCGAUAUGCAAGCAAUUGCUAGGUUUGUCAAAUGGCAGUACUUUGAAGGUGACGUUUACAAGGGCGCACCCUAUCCACCCUGCAACGGGGUGCACGUGCGCUCCGUGUGUGUUUUUGGAGCAGGUGACUUGAACUGGAUACUGCGCAAGCACCACUUGUUUGCCAAUAAGUUUGACAUGGACAUUGACCUCUUUGCCAUCCAGUGUUUGGAUGAGCAUCUGAGGCUUAAAGCCCUGGAGACGUUAAAACACUGACAUUUACUGUAGGCAAUUUUAGAAAUAAUAAGGCGGCUACAUGAGAUGUAUCCCAUCUGAUUCUUCGGCUUUAGGGGUUUAGAGCAGGGACUCUAAAUCUUCUUUUCAGAGAAUUCACAUAGUCUCUGCAGAGCACAGCCGGUUAGAAAGGUUAUGGCAUUAAACCUUGACUUAGAGUUAAUGUGAGGCCAAGGCAAGUUGCAAGGCAUUGUGGGGAGAGGUGACCCAGGUGGCCCCGAAGAGGCCCAAUGCAACAACCAGCCUGUUAAAAGAGCUCAGGGACUUCACAAAAUGAUAAGAUUUAACCUGUGCCAAAAUUGCUUUGAGAGCUUUUAAUAUGCCAGUCUUCCCAGUUUGAAUAAAUUUAUAGCAGCAACCAA